CAACAACAAAAAAAACCCAAACACAAAGCCUGAAGAAAACUCCACAUGAAGAUCUAAGAAAUUUCCGACACUAGAACCUUUGUAUAUAGUUUUCAGUAACCUUCGGCAGGGGGCGCUUGGAAGUUGUCAUCACUUUCCAGGCAGCCUUGCGGACUUUACCCUCUAGAAAACUGUACAGUGUUUCCGGCUCUUCUCAGUCGCUCGUAAGUUGCCGGCAGUUUCCGGGGGUGACUCGGGGGCUCCGCUUCUCGCUAACUUUGUUCCUAUUACUCUGUGCUGUGGGGCAGGGGAUUGGGGCUCGUCAUGGCGUCCCCGUCUCGGAGACUGCAGACGAAACCAGUCAUUACCUGUUUUAAGAGUGUUCUUUUGAUCUACACUUUCAUCUUCUGGAUUACUGGUAUUGUCCUUCUUGCCAUUGGCACCUGGGGGAAGGUGAGCCUGGAGAAUUACUUUUCUCUUUUAAAUGAGAAGGCCACCAAUGUCCCCUUCGUGCUGAUUGGCACGGGCACUGUCAUAAUUCUUUUGGGCACCUUUGGCUGUAUUGCUACCUGCCGAGCUUCUGCAUGGAUGCUGAAACUGUAUGCCAUGUUUCUGACUCUCAUUUUUUUGGUUGAAUUGGUUGCUGCCAUUGUAGGAUUUGUUUUCCGACAUGAGAUUAAAAACAACUUUCAGAGUAAUUAUAAAAUGGCAUUAAGACAGUAUAAUGCUACAGGAGAUUACAGAAGCGCUGUAGUAGACAAGAUCCAAAAAACGUUACAUUGUUGUGGUGUCACCAAUUACACUGAUUGGAAGGACACUGACUAUUACUUAGGAAAAGGAUUUCCUAAGAGCUGCUGUAAAAUUGAAGAUUGUUCUCCACAGAAAGAUACAGAUAAAGUAAACACUGAAGGUUGUUUUGUAAAGGUGAUCGCCAUUAUAGAGUCAGAAAUGGGAGUCGUCGCAGGAAUUUCUUUUGGAGUUGCUUGCUUUCAGCUGAUUGGAAUCUUCCUAGCCUACUGCCUGUCACGUGCCAUAACAAAUAACCAGUAUGAGAUAGUAUAGUAUAGCCAGAAUAACACGGGCCAAUUCCUCUCCAACUUUAAGGAUAUUUACACCCCCUGUCUAUGUGAAUUAAAAAAAAUGCCUGGCUGGAAGACCAACGAAGACCCCUAUAGGUCAUGAAUCUGUAUCCAUAGUCUGACAAAAUGAAGACUUUAGUUUAAUGUUCUUUGUCCACCUUCUGUCCCAUUUAUGCUAGAUCAUUGAAAUUCUUUCUCCCCCUGAAACACUGGAAGAGCUAAUAAAUUGUAAAAACAA